GGACAAGUUGGGGGCAGGCCCAGAAAUAACCGGACUCUGCCCGGAGCCAAAAGCCUGGAUCGUCUCGCUCGCUUCGCCUGUCUAGGUCCCCCAUCCCUUCUCUGGAAGUCAUUUGAAUCCCGCGAAUGUCGAAUUCUCGCGGAGCUUAGAUUUCUGCCCGCUUCGUCUCUGUCUCUUUCUAAACCAUAGUGUCACACAACUUGUUGACACUUCACAGAAUCUCGAACAGGGCUGCGCAGCUUUCCACAGUUCCGAAGUUGUUGAGGUUUUUCAAGCGGGUCGUAGCUUUGAGUUUUCUAGAGUUUCGAGUGGUUUUGAUAGAUUUGUUGGGGGGGAGGGUUAGCAUGUGAGAGUUUGUGUGGGUAGUUCGGAUCUGGGAAGGGUUUGGGCUGUUGUGUAUGUUGUUCAGCGAAGACGGUGAAAUUUUCUAUCGGAAGAAACGGGUUUUGAUAUUGCAAGUGUUUUGAUAAGUAAGGUGAGGGGUUGAACGCCCCGCGCGUCUUGAAGCUUUCACGAGGAGUUGCGUGUGGUCGGUGGAGGGGUGGAAGGGCGGAGGUCUGUGCUGAGCACUCAGGGGAGUAUGCCGAAGUCAUGCGAUGCAUGUCACAUUUCCAGUGCGGUGGUGUACUGCCGGGCAGACGCCGCGUAUUUGUGCGCUGGCUGCGACGGUAAGGUGCAUGGAGCCAACAAGCUUGCUUCACGACACGAGCGCGUAUGGAUGUGCGAGGUCUGCGAGGUUGCUGUAGCCGUUGUGACUUGCAAGGCGGACGCAGCGUCGUUGUGCGUUUCUUGCGACACGGAUAUCCACUCUGCCAACCCACUGGCUCAGCGCCACGAGAGAGUGCCCGUGCAACCCCUGUUCGAUUGUGCUAGCUCCGCAAGAGAAGCGCACAUCAGCGUGCCAUUCCCCGAGAGUGAGUGCCAUGAGACGCUGAAGGGUGUAGAGGACUCGUGUGUGGCCGAGGCGGGUUCGUGGCUUCUCCCACAUCCCAAAAUACCUACCAAUGCCAUCAUUAGAGGCAGCGCUGCAGCUGAUGAAGCACCGGACUCACCCUUCCGUGCGCGACCAUUCAGUCCUAAGCUCAAGAAGCAAAAAGUCGAUCUUGCAGCGGAUAUUUUCUCAGAUGUUGACCCUUUCUUGGAAUUGGACGAUGCUACCGUAACAGGAAUUCAACCCGACAGUUUGGUGCCCGUGCACAUUCCUGAGGGCUCCGAGGACAGUCCCUCACUGGCCCAUUCAAUGGAGCCUUCCUUCACAACUGAUUUUCAUCUGUCGGAGAAGAGCGGUUACAGCUUUGGCACUUCCACCCUCACCCACAGCAUUUCGUGCUCGUCUGUAGACGCUGCCGUGGUCCCGGACUCCAGUCUAAGUGACAUCUCAACACCCUAUCCACUGGAUUCUCAAGGUGCUCAAGAGUUGUCUGGCACCCGCAUGCCGCAGCAGGUGAGCGGGCCCAUCGACACAGUGGAUCGGGAAGCUCGAGUGAUGAGGUACAAGGAGAAGAGGCAGAAACGCAAGUUUGAGAAAACCAUCCGGUAUGCAUCCAGGAAAGCUUACGCCGAGAGCCGGCCGAGGAUCAAAGGCAGGUUCGCGAAGAGGACGGACUCCGAUGUGGAGCAGUUGUUCAGCUCUUGCUCUAUGGACUCAAGUUUUGGAGUGGUGCCUUCUUUCUGAAUAUCUGUAUGAUCAACCUUGCUUCAAUCAAGUUGAGUGUUUCACGUCGAAUGCCUAUUUUAUGUACCAUAGAGGAGUUGCCUUAAGACUGCUGUAAGAACAGUGUAGAGCUAUCCUUGUGUUGAAAGCGCCUGACGCAGAAUGUAAAAAGAUACAGUCGGAGACGCUAAGUCAUGCCAUUCUUUUCCCCUGGUAGGGCAUCGCUUACUGAUGGACACUGCAGGAGGCAGGACAGAGCAGGAGGUUCCGGUAGUGUUAUUUCUUUUUGUUGAUUUCGAACGCUAGAAAAGGUGGACAUGCCGCGCAUGUUUCCUGUGUCUUCACAUGGAGCAGCACAUUCCUCCGAUUUUAAACGUUUUGCACUUCACUUGAAACGAUCUUGGACCUGAUACCCAUCUAUUUUGAAAGUA